UUAUUUUUAUAAGUUUUUAUCCUGGCUUCGCUGAAUCCUGCAAAGUGUCCUUCUUUUGUUAUGACCAGUAUAGCUAAGUGGUUGCUUACUGAACAAAAGUGCCCGUCCAUUGAUAUUCUGUUGUAUGUUCCACCAUUGGAAAAUUGUAGUUUGUUUGCUAAGAAAAGGGGCAUUGGGUUUAUUUGAGUCGUAUGCUUGUUGUCCAGCACCAUCAACACCAUCAAUAAAAAUUGCCCCUUUUUGCAGCCUGUAGAAUGACUGAAGGUCAUGCCACAGAUGUCUCAUAUCUCUCAUAGUCUUUGAUGUCUUAAUAAAAAUUCAGAGAUGAGUUUGGCACAGCUGAGGGUUCGAGUGUCAUGAUAAUGUUUUGGAAACUCAAACCUCAAGGACACGAGGAUCACACAAGGUUACGCUGAGUUUUUAUUUUGACUUUUGAAUUAUCCUGAUCCAAUCCCAUGCAACCGCUCAGAUAUAAAAGUGUAUGUCUGCAGUUGUGGUGCUUCAGACUCGAAGAGGCUGUGAUUUCCCAUCCGUUCUUAUGGCAGCAGAACUGCUCCAGCCCUGUGGAAUGAAGCCGGUGCGUCUUGGCGAGGCUGCGGUUGACUUUCUGGUCGAAGGGGUCCAUAAUAGCACUGAAGGAGCUCAAGACAACGUGUGUGGAGCCACGGCCACACUGCUGCUGCUGUUACUUUGCCUUCUGCUGGCCAUCAGACACCAUCGGCCAGAGAAAUCUCAUGUGCCGGGUCCUUGUUUCUACCUGGGUCUGGGUCCUUUUCUCUCUUACUGUCGGUUCAUCUGGUCUGGGAUCGGGACUGCCAGCAACUACUACAACAGCAAAUAUGGAGACAUUGUGCGGGUCUGGAUCAACGGCGAGGAAACUCUCAUCUUGAGCAGGUCAUCUGCUGUGUGUCAUGUGUUGAGGAGAUCUCUGUACACCUCACGCUUUGGGAGCAAACUAGGUCUGCAGUGUAUUGGGAUGCAUGAACAGGGCAUCAUAUUCAACUCAAAUGUGGUGCUCUGGAAAAAAAUCCGCACCUUUUAUGCUAAAGCUCUAACAGGUCCAGGGCUUCAGAGAACUUUAGAGAUUUGCACCACUUCCACAACCACACACCUGGAUGACCUGUCCCACCUGACGGAUGCUCGGGGACAAGUGGACAUUCUCAACUUGCUGCGGUGCAUUGUGGUGGACAUUUCCAACAGACUGUUUCUAGGAGUCCCUCUCAAUGAGCGUGAUCUGCUUCAGAAGAUUCAGAAAUAUUUUGACACCUGGCAGACAGUAUUAAUCAAACCUGACGUGUACUUCAGACUGGACUGGCUGCACAAGAAGCACAAGAGAGAAGCUCAGGAGUUACAGGAAACCAUCACGACUCUGAUCGAGCAGAAGAAAGUUCAGCUGACACAUGCAGAAAAACUCGACCAGCUCGACUUCACAGCAGAGUUGAUAUUCGCUCAGAGCCACGGAGAGCUGAGCGCUGAGAACGUCAGACAGUGUGUUUUGGAGAUGUUGAUCGCGGCUCCAGAUACUCUCUCGAUCAGUCUGUUCUUCAUGUUGCUGUUACUCAAACAGAAUCCGGACGUCGAGUUGAAGAUCCUGCAGGAAAUGGAAACUGUUUUAGCUGGUCGGAGCCUGCAGCACUCGCAUCUGUCCAGGUUAAACAUUCUGGAGAGUUUUAUCAACGAGUCUCUCCGGUUCCACCCGGUCGUGGACUUCACCAUGCGCCGGGCGCUGGACGAUGAUGUCAUCGAGGGCUACAAAGUGAAGAAAGGAACAAACAUCAUAUUAAACGUGGGUCGAAUGCACCGAUCUGAUUUCUUCCCUAAACCGAAUGAGUUCAGUCUCGACAACUUCCAGAAGAAGGUGCCGAGUCGUUUCUUUCAGCCGUUUGGAUCAGGCCCGCGGUCGUGUGUGGGAAAACACAUCGCUAUGGUGAUGAUGAAGUCCGUUCUUGUGACGCUGUUGUCUCGUUUCUCCGUGUGUCCUGUGAAGGACUGUACCGUAGAAACCAUCCCGCAAACCAAUAACUUGUCUCAGCAGCCGGUGGAGGAGCCGUCAAGCCUCGGCGUGCAGCUCAUCCUGAGGAACACUGCCUGAUUCACCUCCGUCAUAUGCUAUGUGCAUAAGGCAUGGCAAAAACACUUCUGGUUCCCCAAAUGAACCUUUCAGUGAACAGUUCUUAAAAGAAACAUUUUCAAAAAGUUUGAAGAACAUUUAAAAAAAUCUAAAGAACCUUAAUUUUAAUUAUAAACAACCUAUUGUAUAUUGGAAAAAUUCAAUGUAUGUUAAAGUUCCUCAUGGAACAAUAGAUCCUUUAUUUGUAAAGAGUGUGCCAUGUAUUUAUCUACUGCUUUUAGCUGUCAGUCUUCCAGAUACUUGUUUAAAUUUGUAUGCAGUGUUUAUGUAAUUGUUGUUAUAAUGUAUGGAGCCCCUGAAGGGACAUGGCAUGGGAGGAAAUAUAGUUAAAAAGUUUUGCAUUCACCUAAGAAAUGUUGUGUCCUCGUAAUUAACUCACAAGUUUCUCGGGGGGAUGCAAACCGUUUGUGAGAGAACGUAAAAGCAUUGACAUAUAGGCAAAUAUUUCUUCCUAUCACAUAUUUUUUCUUCAUGUAACUUUAGGGGCUCCAAAAUAAUGUAGGCUAUGAUAUUGUCUCAUCCUGUGAACUUGUUCAGUUUUUUUUUUACUGUUA